CUAUGUUAGGUUUCCUUCGACGCCAGCAGCUGUUGGUGGCGGUGGCGGCGGCGCUGGUCCUCGUCUGCCUCUUCGCCCAAAGCAACCGAGAACAGGAUGUGCAGGAUCUCAAGAAAAUGUUGGAGAACAUCAACAAAAGGCUCGAGAACAUGAAGUUAGAGGCCAGGGCGAACGCAGGAUUUCCUUCGGACGAGGGGGAGGACGAAGGAAGGGAGGACGAAGGAAGGGAGGAGGAAGGAGAGAAGGAAGAGGGAGGAAUAGUUUCCGGAGACGAGGACGUUGUCAAUGGGAGACUCUUGACCUCCAAGGGCGUGCCUGUGAAGAUCGUGAUCAUGCUGGGGUCGACGGCGAGGAGCGGCACCAGCCUCCUCGGGGAGCUCCUGUCGCAGCAGAAGAAUGCCCUGUACCUCUUCGAGCCCGAGCUCUUCGUGAGACAACACUCGGGCCAGAAGGUGACGCAAGAGCUCGGCAUGAAACACAUGAAAGACAUGAUCUACUGCCGAUUUGACGAAACUUUCAUCACUUUCCUGCACCGUCGUUCUUCCCCCUUUAAUAUCUUCCGCCAUCCUGUUACCAAGACGAACUGUCGCAAUUGGGACUCUUGCCUCACUAUUCCCAAGCUGACGGAGGCGUGCAGGGCGGAGCCGACGAGGAUCAUGAAGGUGAUCCGUCUGCGCAUGGCCUGGAUGAGGGAACUGCUGGACGACCCCAAGUAUGACGUGAGAGUCGUCCACCUGGUGCGCGACCCCCGGGGAUCCCUCUACUCCAUGGCCAAACUCCACCUGCACAAGCUCAUGCCGGAGUACCACUGUCCCCUCAUUUACGACGACCUCGUGAGCGCGCCGAAACUCAUGGCCGAGUACCCGGGGCGCGUCAUCUCCGUCACCUACGAGCAGUUUUGCCUCGAUCCCGUUGACACAGCAACACGGGUGUGGCGAAUACUCUCUGGAGACGAAAGGGCGUCGCUCCCUGUCAUGUGGUCGGAGUACAUUGCAAAGCACGUUCAUCGCACCUCCACCAAACGCAUCGCCGCCUACGGUACCUUCCGGAACAGCGCGGAGCAAUACCAGUCCUGGCGCGACAACAUUACGGAAGAUGCGUUAACGAAGAUCGAGGAACACUGCCAACCCUCGCUGGAGCUUUUAGGAUAUAACAUCUUCGGUGAUAUAAAGAAUGCGAGGAACCUGUCCGUGCCUCUCUUCGCAGAGUGAACGAGUCGAAGCUUCGAGCUCGGGUUCGCUAGGGUCGGAAAGCCUUCCAAUUGUUCUUCGGGUAAAUGUUUCGUAUAAUUUCGCGUCACAGUUUACGACGAUAAUGGUACUUUCCUGUCAUCCUCUACUGUUCACAUAUAUAGGGAUAACUGUGCCGACUACCUCCCCUCCCUUUUUAUAAUCCACAAUCUCGAUACUGAUAACAGGGGAGGGCCUCAAGAAUAUCCGGAAAACUACAGGUAAAAUGUAAAGAAAAACGAGUUACAUGUAAUGUAUAUGCGAGAAAGGUCAGCAGUUCACCUACUGCAGGAGACCAAGCCCCUGUGAUCCGCCACAAAGGGAGCUGCCGACCCCCAACUACCCUGAGAGACAACUUCCAUAGCAGGAUGGAGUGUAGGGCCGAUCUCAAGAUGGGGUACACUAGAGGCCUUUUUUGUAGCAUCCCUAAACCCCUAACGUUGAUGUUUGUCGUUGUAUCACGGUCUCUACAAAACACAAUGUCAUCGAAGUUUGUACUGUCGUACAAAGUUUAGAUAAAAGGAUUUUUUUUUUAUCAUUUCACAUAUAAAAGUCAAUAGAAAACCAUGAAAGUACUUAAGUACUGGUAUGAUUUUUAACAUGAAUUGGAAAAAGAACCUGGCUACUCUGACGCUUUUAUUGUGUAUACACCACUCUUCACUUUGCAAGGCUGUGGAAAGUUUAGAUGUUUUUCUCAGAUUCAGUCAAAAUAUUUUUUUUUCUUAUUACAUACAUUGUUCUUUAUAUGAAAAGUGGAAGAUGCAUAAAGUUUUGCAUCUUAUCGUAUCCACCACGAGUGAGCUUCCUGUCCAAGUCAGACUACUGGGUAAUUCCAGUGAUAUGAGAAAAAAAUAACUCCUUUUCUCAAAACUGUAUGUCAAUACAAACCUCGAUAAUAUCACGUUUUGUAGCGACUAUGAUACAACUUCAGAUAAUGUAUCAGUGUAGACUUAGGGUUUUCGGAAUGCUAAAGGACUAUAGUGCUGGAGGCUACUCCCCCUGCAUCGACGAAAAUAUAAGAUUUUAUACAAACAUUAGAGGCCUAUCUGCACGAGUGAGAACGGUCGGCGGGCACAACGUCGGGCUCCAGUAAAGGUGACGUCAUUUUUCCUCGCGCCCAACCUUAUGCCCGCUGAUCCUACCCGCUCUUGAGGAUCGAAUAGUGCCCGGUGGUAUAGGGAAUAGAAGGAAAUAAGUAUAACCGCACAGAAAAUACCAGUCUCUGAUACUAAAUGCCACGUAAUAUCGCAUCAUAACCAUGUACUGUGUUCAGUGCCAUCUAUUGAGUGGGCAGAACAACAGGAGUUUCCCUUACUGCUGGCGACCACGCGGUAGCAAUUCUAGAAGCCGUAAAGUGGGCACAGUGCAAGGAGUGCUGCUAGGCGUUCAGGGACUUAAUGUGUGAAAAGUGUGAUAACCACGAGGUUCUUCUCAAGCUGCCGUACUCGUGGUCUACUGAGAGGACUCGGGGUAGGUCCGGGCAGUCUGUUAAGCAGGCCUGAACACGAUGAGGUUCCGGAGCGACUAAGGUCAGUGUCCUGUAUCUGUGGAGGAUGGGGUUUGGGGGGGGGGGUAGCUUCCUUUAGGGGGGUCGUGGGGA